AUGUCGGACGAUUGGUUGUCUUGCAAGCUCGCCCCAGACGGCGACUUCGAAGAUGGAUGUCAUCAUGAACAAGCGGAUGCCCUCAAAAACUACCUGCACCUAAAGAUGAUUGCAAAAGAAGCCCCUCAGGCUGUGACUCGCCCUGUUGUGGUUUCAGAAAACCCUAGAGAUGAGCUUUCUCGCCCAUAUAUUCUCCUGCUGGACGCUCUUGUAGAACUACCAUCGGAACACAUCGAGCCAUUACUGGCUUUGAAAGGGCUCCCACACUUUGGUAAUCUCUGGUCUGACGUCGGCUAUCGAUCCGGAAGCUGGAAAAGGGAUGCCGAGGCAACCGCCGCCCCAGAGAGUAACGCCCUACUAUACAAGCACGUGAGGAGGGCAGAGACCGAGGCGCGGCUAGUUGAGGUAUACGAUGUCAUCGAGGACGCUUCAGAGAGUGACGGGGCGCUACUAGAUCUUGAGGUUCCAGCUGCGGCAGAGUGGUUUGGAGUUUACGGUCAGUGGUUUCGACCGGGCACGGAAACGGGCAAGAAGAUUUACGCGCAUCUGGAUGAAGUGAUGAGUUGGAAGAAGUGGUCGUUGUGGGAAGAGCGGUUGAAAAAGCUACAAGCGCAAUCUGGAAUCGUUCAUUGUGCGGUGACCAAACGCUUAAUGCCAUGCAUGAGGGAGACGAAGAAAAGUCAUGAGUGUUGAAAAUAUGCAGAAAAGGAUAGUCGGAAGUCUCAAAUGGAGACUGAUACAUGAUGUUGAACUGCGAAGUGAGAAGCAGAGGUCAAAUCUAGGGUCAAUGGCUGGCUAUAUACGAC